AGGGGAUUUAUUAGAGGUACAUGUAUGCGCUGUUACUACAUACAUGUAUAUAUUAUAUCAUUGUACUAGGUGAUGUAGUACUACCUAUGUACUACGGUACUAGGCUAAAUAUAUCAAAGCAAGGGCCGAUCUCGGGAUUCCGACCUCGGUACGUCCGUAGGGCCGGGUAGAUUUCGGAGGAGGGAACAAUUGAGCGCGGGGCAGCUAAAGCUUGUGCAGGUACGCUAGUAGCAGUUGUUAAACCCUGGAGCUUCUAUAUUUCUUUUAUGAUUGGGUUUGAUGGAUUUUUAUAUAUAACGUACCUUGAUCUAGUUUUUUCAAUCUCCUCCAUACCGAAUAUCGGAUAUUUGCAGUGAAUCUUACAAAAUACCAUAACCAUACAAUUCCUUCCUACGUAUCUUAUCACUGUCUCAAUUGAUAUCUGUGGUUGUUCAAAAUGGCAACACAUAACAUCGUGGUCUUUGGCGGAGAUCACAGUGGCCCCGAGGUCGUAGCGGAAGCUGUCAAGGUCAUAAGAGCAAUUGAGUCUCAUAGCCCUUCCGCCGGCAAGUUUAACCUCCAGGAUCACCCAUUAGGCGGCUGCUCGAUCAAUGCCCACGGCACACCCCUCACAGACGCGGCCCUCGAAGCGGCCAAGUCGGCCGACGCCGUCCUCCUUGGCGCUAUCGGCGGUCCCGAAUGGGGCACCGGCGCCGUGCGUCCGGAACAGGGAAUCCUGAAGCUGCGCAAGGAGAUGCAGACAUACGGCAACCUGCGCCCGUGCUUCUUCCCUUCGGACUCGCUAGUCGAGCACUCGCCCCUGCGUGCUGACGUGUGCCGUGGUACCAACUUCACCAUCGUUCGCGAGCUAACAGGCGGUAUUUACUUCGGCGAGCGCAAGGAGGCGGGCGAGGACGGCGAUGAGGCUUGGGAUACGGAGCUGUACACGCGCGCGGAAGUGGAGCGGGUGACGAGACUUGCGGCGAACCUGGCGCUCGUGAGCGACCCACCCGCACCCGUCUGGAGUCUCGACAAGGCCAACGUGCUCGCCUCUAGCCGGCUCUGGCGUCGCGUCGUCUCAGAGACCAUGGCUCGCGAGUUCCCCCAGCUCACUCUCCAGCACCAGCUCAUCGACAGCGCCGCCAUGAUCCUCGUCAAGAACCCCCGUGGCCUCAACGGCAUCGUCGUUACCAGCAACCUCUUCGGCGACAUCAUCAGCGACGAGGCUAGCGUUAUCCCCGGCAGCAUCGGCCUCAGCCCAAGUGCUAGCCUUAGCGGUAUUCCCGAUGGAAAGUCUAGGUGUAAUGGUAUUUACGAGCCCAUCCACGGAUCGGCACCAGAUAUCUCGGGCAAGGGUAUCGUCAACCCAAUCGGCACCAUCCUCUCCGUCGCCAUGAUGUGCCGGUACUCGCUCCAGCUCCCGAAGGAGGCCGUGGCCAUCGAGACGGCGGUCAAGAACGUCCUCGACAGCGGGGUCCGGACUAAGGACCUCGGCGGCUCCGCCGGUACAAAGGAGAUCGGCGAUGCCAUCGUUGCCGAGCUGACUAAGAUUCUUAAGAGCAGCAAUUAGAAUCUUUAUUUCCCUUUCCCUUCCCUUCCUAUCAUUCAACAACAAUAGGGAUUUAGGCAUUCGCCUAUCUCAUGGAAAAGGUUCUGGACGUGGUUAGGGGGCACGGUUUAUAAAAACAUAAAAAAAGGGGACGAAUAAAUGAAUAAAUGAAUAAGGAGGCAAUGGGAAAAGGUCAGAUAGAACGGCUAUCAAAGUCCGCGAUGUCAUUCCAAUCAAUUAAGCAUUAAGUAAGCAUUAACGAAGAAACAUAAGAAAGUAAAGAUACAAUGUCUCUCGUGUUGGAAAGGGGCUUGGUAACCCCUGAAUGCUUUACUUGUUCCUAAGCUGGACUCCAAUGGUGGG